AUGGUCAGUGAAUUAUCAGCUAUUGAUGCAUACGGUGGUUUUCGUUCCUCGUUAUUAACUGAUAAAGUACAAGGUUGGGCUAUUGCUAUCCUUUUAAUAAUUUCGGCAAUAGGAUUUGGUGCUACAGUGAAACUUGAUCCAGAAGUAGUUAACUCUAGUCCACUAUUACAAUCAAAUAAAUUGGGAUGGCAAUUAUUAUAUAUUAUGCCUGUUGCUAUUACUUUUGCUAACUUAUUCCAUCAGGGUUAUUGGCAACGAGCUUUUUCUUCUAAAAAUGAUCGUGUAUUAGUUCACUCAGCAAUUUAUGGAAGUCUUUUACUUUUUCCCACAUUAUUUUUAAUUGGUUUUACUGGAAUUAUUGCAGCUUGGGCUGGUACUUGGCCAGGGCCUGAUCCUGAAAAUCCUGUAGAACCUUUCAUGUCAUUCUUUUCACUUUAUACAUUAUUACCAGAUUGGGUUAAAGGAUUUGUUAUAGUAUUGGCUGUUAGUUUAAGUUGUUCGGCUUAUGAUACUUUACAAAGUGCUAUGGUAUCUACUAUUGCAUAUGAAGGAGCACAAUUACUCAUCUUAUCGAAUGGCCUUUACACAGAUGAUUAUUCGGUAUUAGGAGCAUUUAUUGUUGCACCAAUUGGUUCAAUUGUGUUUACAUUUUUGGCAUUUGGAGUUAGAUUGUUUGUAAUGUUUAUUUUGGCAAAAGGUCAAGGAAGAGAAUUUGAAUUUCCCAAACCACAACCUAAAGCUGAACCUGAUUCUACUAUAGAUAAAUCAGAAGAUACUUCUGAAGAGACUGAAAAUGCAGUGACUAAAGAUACUGUAAAAACUGUGGCUAAGAAUACUGAAAAUGCUAAUAUUAAAGAUUCUUAUAGUAUGACUGAA